CGACAUCUGUAAGCACUACAAAUCCAUAUUCCGUUCAGAAUAAUACAUAUCAACACGGGCGAAUCCUUUUACGGUACGGACGUACUCCCCAUCCCGUCAAAGCUUCAUCUUCAACCCCAACCUCUCGCUGCUCCAUCAAUCAUAAACUCGCCGAACCCGCCAUGAAGCUCAACAACCUGCUCCAAUUACCUCUAGUCCUGGCCUCUCUGCUAGGACCUACGGCCAUAACAGCAGAACACACCAGCAACUGGGCCGUCCUAGUAUCCACGUCGCGCUUCUGGUUCAACUACAGACAUCUCGCAAAUGUGCUCUCGCUCUACAGAACGGUCAAGCGUCUCGGCAUUCCCGACUCGCAGAUCAUCCUCAUGUUGCCAGACGACAUGGCAUGCAAUCCGCGCAACGCCUUCCCCGGCACGGUCUACAGUAACGCGGACAGGGCGGUAGAUCUGUAUGGUGACAAUAUCGAGGUUGAUUAUAGGGGAUAUGAGGUCACGGUGGAGAACUUUAUACGGUUGUUGACGGAUAGGGUGGGAGAGGAGAUGCCGAGGAGUAAGAGGCUGUUGACGGAUGACCGAAGUAAUAUUCUCGUGUACAUGACUGGUCAUGGAGGGAAUGAGUUCUUGAAGUUCCAAGAUGCGGAGGAAAUCAGCGCAUUUGAUCUCGCGGAUGCGUUUGAGCAGAUGUGGGAGAAGAAAAGAUACCACGAACUCCUCUUCAUGAUUGACACCUGCCAAGCAAACACCAUGUACAGCAAAUUCUACUCCCCCAACAUAAUAGCGACCGGCUCCUCCGAAAUCGAUCAAUCAUCAUAUUCCCACCACGCCGACAACGACGUCGGCGUCGCCGUCAUCGACAGAUACACAUACUACAAUCUCGACUUCCUCGAAACCCAAGUCCGCGAACCGAGCAGCAAACAAACACUCGGCGAUCUCUUCGACAGCUACGACGAAUCCAAGAUCCACUCUAAUCCCGGCGUGAGAUGGGAUUUAUUCCCCAGCGGCGAACAAGGCGGCCGCGACAGACUCGUCAUGGAUUUCUUUGGCAACGUACAGAACGUAGAGGUUGAUAAUGCAGGGAAUGACACGGAGUGGAGGGAGGAUUUGCUUGCACUGGGCAAGAAGAUCAAGGAGUUGAGGGAGAGGGCUGAUGCUGUUGAUGCGCAGGCGAAGAAUGCUACGGCUCCUGUGCCGGAGCAGGAACGUUUUAAUGUGAGGAGAGUCAAGGCGGCGAAGGUGGAGGUGGAUGAUACUUGGUUGGGGAAGAAAGCCGUUGGUGCGUGGGCUCUGCUUGGUUGUGCGUUGGCUUGGACGGCGGCUUCGUAUUUGGAGGCUAUUUAGUUGCGUUUGGAUACCCCUUUGUUGUAAGAUAUAGUUACUCCUAUGCAUUAAGCGUUUCCUUGAAA